AUGUUGAUGCAAGGGGAUACAAGGGUCAGGAUGCUUCUGGCUGUUCUGUCAUUACACCGAAUGCAAGUGUCAAUUCUGGUGCAGCAUCUUUCACUGUUAAAAGCCAUGAGCUCCAAUUAAGUCUGGCAUUGAACAACCAAGGUAUACCUGACUACAUCAACAAGCCUGUACUGUUACCAAUGGGAUGUUCUUCAAGGUCUACUUCCACUUCCACCACACCCAAAGAAUUAUUACUUUCUCAAGGGAAAGUGUUUGAAAGGGAUGUCCCUUUUUCACAUAUGGAGAACAUAAAGAAACAAACAGGUCCUGAGAUAUAUCAUCCUCAUCAUACCUGUCUUGGUAAUAACGAUAAACAAACUGUCAACCAGUGUGGUUCACCUGAGCAAACCCUGAAACCUAGUGCUCUACAACCUCUCCAGAACUGCCCAGGAACAGUGUCCUCAGUGACUACACCACCAAAUAAGGCCUUUGCACAUGCAAGGGACUUCAUAAUGGAUUCAGAAUAUGAGGUUCAAGGCAAAAGCAAGAACCAAUGCAAAUUGACCUCAACGGGUGCAAGUGGACAGCUUUACUUAAAUGAUCGUCAUCAGCAUGCAGCUGUAGAUUCACUCUCUGACAAAAGCGGACAUCAAUGUAGACCAGAAAACAUUGAGAAGCACCACAACAGUCAACCACUCUCAAAUAAUGUAUGUGAAUCACAGAAGCCAGAGGAGAAAGGCAGAAAUCACAUUGAGGUCAGAAAAGAGCUCCAAAAAGACACUCCCUAUUCCACAAAUCUGAGUCAGGAACUACCACAGUCAAAGUGCUCACUGAGUCAGGAAGUACAACAGGCAAAGUGCUCACUGAGUCAGGAAGUACAACAGUCAAAGUACUCACUGAGUCAGGAAGUACAACAGUCAAAGUGCUCACUGAGUCAGGAAGUACAACAGUCAAAGUGCUCACUGAGUCAGGAAGUACAACAGUCAAAGUGUUCACUGAGUCAGGAAGUACAACAGUCAAAGUGCUCACUGAGUCAGGAAGUACCACAGUCAAAAUGCUCAUCUGAAACUCAUGUAGACAAAUUUCAUAAGACUUGUGUGACCGUUGAUCCUGAUCCUAAAAAGAAACAUCCCAGUGUAAAACACAAAAAAUGCCACUUUGAAAAAUGGCUGAAGGCUCAGUGCAAUGUGAGCAACUUUGCCUCUGACAAUACCAAAGAUUGCCAAAUGGCUCAAAAUGAAGAAGGGUCAAUGACUGAUGGACCACUGGCAAAAUCUCCUGUAACCUUGUUUGACGUACCAAGUAGAAUAAAUAGUAUUGGAUCUUCAUCCCAAAUAACACAUGGAAGUAGUGAUGCUAAUAUGAAGAUAUUGGGUGACAUUUGCAGAGAUAUCAUGUCCAGAGAGGGAAAUACCAAAACAUCUAAUUACAGGCAACCCCAUCAGUUCAGUGGCAGUAGUGUUGUUCACUGCAAAAAGGGAAAAUCCAAGAGGUUCAGAAGGUCCAAAGCCCAGGCACCUCCUAGCCCAUCCUCUGACUCCACACUCAAGUCUUCCUCAGACGAAGAAGAGAAAAUCCCUCCCAGGUUGCAUCGAAACAGGUCUUCAUCAACAAGAAUUAAGUCAGGAACUCAAACUAAUGGGAAACUAGAGGAGAUCAUUCAAUGCAAUGGUGCCGCAAUUUCUCCAGUCAAAAGACAAUCACCACAGUCAAAAGACAAUCAGACUAUGGAAGCUUGUACUGCCCGGACCCCAUGUAAAUAUGAUGGUAAAGCUGGAGUUGGCAUCGGUUUGAGUCAGAAAGAACACAGCCCCAAUGGACAAUCAGCACAUGCUCUUGCAAUGGAGAAAAUGACCAAUCGGGAGAAAAUCAUGUCUUCCAGUAUCAAAGAAACUGAGAUGUCACACUACACACCAAAGACUCAGGAUUCUCCAAUGCAUUUUGCCUCCAUCGACAUCAAUCCCUUUGCUCCUCAAUGGCAAGAAGAAGAGCCAAACCAAAGCUGCUACAAGAACCAGGUAUUUGGAAGUGCUGCAUUUGGAAGUGCUGCAUUUGGAAGUGCUACAUUUGGAAGUGCUGCAUUUGGAAGUGCUGCAUUUGGAAGUGCUGCUGACAUUUCUUGCAAAUCACCCCUGCUGGAUGCCACUGACAAACGCAUCACUAGAUGCCACAGUGUCGACAAUGGUUUAAACGUGCAGAACUCUCCUUUCAACUCCCACCUGAGCACUUACGCCAACAACAAGGGACUCUCCAGCACCCUGAGCAGCAUGGAGGAACAUUUCAAAGAUCAAAUGUCCCCCAACGCCCAUCUGAAAGGACGUACUAACCAAGUCUCUGGUGUUGACGAUCACAAUUAUCAACUGACCCAGAGCAUGAGCUGGAUCUCAUCUUCUUGCUACGAUGUAUCUGGAGAUCUUGGUAACAGCACUGGCCAGGUGGAUGAGAUCAUGUUGGUUUAUGACUCUUCAGAGCAGGAGUCUCAGGGUAAUGGGUUUCAAAGGUCUGAAACACACACCACAUGUGACCACAGCACCCAGACAACCUUGACUCAAGAAACCAUGACUCAGACAACGAUCAACCAUGGUGAUCUACAGAGGAGAAACAACCGUCUCAGAAAGAGCAGCACUCAGGUACCAGUGUCUCAGAAAACCACAGAGGCCUGUAGAGAGACCAGCACAUGGGCCAGCCUUCAGAACAUGUCUGAGCAUCUCUCACAGCUGAUAGUCAACACCUCUGAUCUUCUGGGGAAUGUUCAGGGUAUGAGGUCUGGUGAUAGCCUCAAACAUAGCCUGACAGGAAAUGUUAAAUCUUCAUCUCAUCUGUACUCCUCCAAAGAUUGGACAAAGAGAGACUGCUCAACCCAAACUGCAGUAGAUAUUGGGAUCCAGACCGAAAGGACUUCAACACCCGUUCAAGACAAAAUGUCUAUACACCAAACUCUGUCCACAGAGAGAUCCAAAGCCCAUGAAGUUAAUGUGAUAGUCAAAGUGAUUGGCUCAGAAGUUCUCAAUGUGUCACAAGAGAAGGGGCUUCCCCUUCAACAUCAACUCAAGAACAAGCCCAAUGAUAAUAUUCAGAGCAUGCCUGACCUGCGACUCAAUGGCUCCACUGUUAACCAAAGAUCUAUCUUGGAACCAGAGAGUCUCCUGCACAAAGUCCCUUCCAUGGAGACUGUCCAACGUCACAAUCAUUCAAAUCCUCCCAUUCGUCAUAGAAGCAAUGAGGACUGCCAACCUGAAAGAGUGUCCUCCUCCAAAAGCAUGGGAGUCUCUGAAGUCUGCAAUCAUUUGUCAGAAAUACUCAGACCAGAAAGCCAGAAUGUCUUGAGAAGGAGUGACCCAGGAAUAGGCUAUAGAAAACAAGUGAGCUUCACAGACCGUGCAUGCUCACCCAUUCUCACUGUGGGUCCCAGGGCUGGUUCCAACCAGAGCAGAAUAAUGUAUUUACAGAGUCUCAAAGAAGAACAGAAGUUUGAGAUGCAAAAUAGAAGUAAAGAACACAUUUCGGACCGAAAGGAGUGCCAGUCCACACCUUGUUUAAGUUACAGCGGACAGAAAACAUGCAUGUCUUUCACAAAGAAUGAUAAGAUAUCAGGACAUGACUCCCUUCAUCUGUCUGAGAAGCCUUGUGAUAACUCCACCACAAAAUCUAUGGGAUUGAUAUCCCUGGAGAAUGUGAGUGCCGUCAGCCAUUCAAGCCCAAACGGGUCUGAUCGAAACUCAGAAAGUCUUAGUUCGCCCAUUGAUGAAUACAUCCACAAGGAAACCAGCAUUGUCAUCCACGAAGAAGAAAGGGAAAUGAGUGUAUGGCACAAAACCAGCCAAAGUCCAAGAUGGUCCCUUCCUUCUGUUCUAAGCAGUAAUGGAGUCACUAUGCAGAACCACACCUCUCUCAUCUUUAGUCAGACUGGUGAGUCCAAACAGGAGGAGAAAUCAAUCUCUACUUUUGGAGAUCAACUAAGCUACAGGAGACAUUCAAUAGAUUACCACAACAGUAGAUCAUCAGAGCGUCCAGUGGAGCACUUCACUGGUGCUUAUGAACAUUCCCCUAUCAGUGACAACACCAUCCAUGUUCAGGAGGAUGACAUGGUGUCAUUGUCCCCAAGUGAGUGCAACACAGACAUCCUAGUGAACACCAACCCAGUCACCCACACUUCCAACUUCCAACACCAACACUCCCCACAGCAGCUAGAUCACCAGCGGCUCCCUGAGGACCUACCUGUGCACAACAAGUUCACCAACUGGUCUGGUAUCAGCCAGCAUCCCUCUGAGAUAAGACGGACCAAUAGUUUAAUGAAACCAGCCAUGUAUCUACCCACUGGUCAUGAAGCACAGAGGAACCAUCCAGAGUGGGCUGAGCUGGAGAGCCAGGAGUCAAAGUCCAGCUUGAGUCCAAAGUCCAUGUUCCAUAAGGACAAGAAGACAAGGGAGAUAGAGAGACUGCGUAAGGAGCGAGAGCAGAUCAUGGCUACGGUUCAACUGAACAUGAACCCUCAUCAUCUGACCGUGGAGCUGACUGAAGCCAAGCUGCACUGUGGUCUGGGAGAGACGGACACGCAGUUAAAGUUGUUGACAUCUGGAGGAACCAAGGAGGAGGAACCGUCCCCUGUCCAUACCAAACAGCAGCUCUAUGACCGGUAAGGCUAAAUGGCCCUAAAGAUGUGAUUGUGUUGAUAUUAUGAUGUAAUUAGAUCAAUUUAAAAUGGUAGGUUUAUAAAAUGUAAAUUUUUCCAUAUGUUCCUCUUGUAUCAGGCACCGGAGGAGCAUUGAGAGUUUGAGGAAGGAGAGGGAAGCUCAGCUUCAGACCAGCCGUAGGACUCGCAGCCUUAGCCCCAGCAAGCACCACUCCACCCGGUCCCCUCCUCAACCCAGAUCCCCUCCUCAAAAAGCCUCCAGAGUUUCAGCCCUGCCCAUUCGUCGCAGAGACUACCUUCAACAGUUCCGACAGGAGGUAGUGACAAGCAGCAUGUAAGACACUCCACAAUAAGUCACAUUUUUGUUUUGAUUAUUUCUACUUUGCUCAACAGUUUUCCAUGUCCAAUUCUCACAUUUUGUGACAAAUAUUAUUCUAAAAAGGACUAUAUACAGUUAUUGAUUGAUUGAUUAAUAAAUUGAUUGAUUGUAAAUCUGCCUUGUCUUUCCCCAGGAUCCCAGAUCCACCCAGAGGAGAGGGUGAAUAUCCCUCUGAGAUAGAGCAGCUUCUGCGUGACUAUGGCCGUGCCCGUGAGGAGGCCAUGACUGAGAUAGCCCGUGCACGGGAACGGCUCCGCAAGAGGACAGAGCAGGAGAAGAGACGACUCCAGCAACAGGCUCUGUCUCAGAUGGUAAAGGUUAGUCACAGCAAGAAGUCAACGUUUCACAGUUGAAAGCCCAAGAUGUAUUCAGCAUAUUUUGUCCAUGGAUUUGUAUUACUUUUUAAAAUCCCGUCACCUCCCAUUCACUAGAAGGCGGAGCUCUUUUUCAUGGAUCCAGCUCGAAGGACCAUGAAAGAAAACUCCACCUCAUAGUCAGAGACUUAGGUUGUCCUCUGAUCAGUUGCUGUUUUCCUAAAACGUAUCUUUCUCUCUUCUUCUCUGUCAACUGAUAAUUUAUUCACAUUUAGGAUGACUUGCAGUAUCGGAACAGAGUCAGCAGCAGUACACUGUGCACUGGGUCGAGUCUGAGCCUAUCCUCUGGACCAACCUCUGGCUACAACAGUGGUAACACAGCUCAGCUGAAGGAUGGCAGUAGACCCUCACUGACACUGCAGGUACUGUACUAGUCUUUGAAGAUGUUCUUUGCUGCUUUCUUAAGCCCAGGGACUGCACUUGAAAACUAGCCAGCUGGCUAAAACAGGCACAUUUACAGUAAUGAUGAUUAAUUUGCACUGUCCCUGAAAUAAUACAUUCAAUAAAGUAAAGUAAAGCCUAAUUGCUGGUUUAUAGUUCAUUUGACAACAGGUCUAUAGAGCACAACACACUUAGAAAAAAGGGUUCCAAAAGGGUUCUUCCGCUUUCCCUAUAGCAGAACCCUUUUUGGUUCUACCUGGAACUGAAAGGGUUCUACCUGGAACCAAAAAGGGUUCUUCAAAUGAUUCUCCUAUGGGGACAGCCGAAGAACCCUUUUAGGUUUUAGAUGGCACCUUUUUUUCUAAGUGUGUAGAAUAUCAUAUAUAUCUAUGGACAGUCGGUAGACUUACUGUAAACGAAGCUUAAGGGUGUUGAAACUUACAGCAAACUAUAUUCACUGUGGUGCAAUGCAUCAGAUUAUUGUUUAUUCAGUGUGUCAAUGUGUUUGUAUCCAUCCCUAUUCAAAUAAACCAGGAAUAAUUAAACAGCCCUAAUGAAUAAUCUGUGUUGUUUUUGUCUGGUGCCAGGUCACUGGGGUGCUGGGUGAAGGGCUGAAUGAGCUGAAGGUCAGGUCUCGCCCUCCCAUCUGCAGUUCUGAGAGUGUGAAAACCCAGCGUGCCUGGCUCUCUGCCCAGGGUAAGGACUGACUCACCACCACCAGCCAGCAACCACUCUCCACAUCCUCAUCUUCAUCACACACUCAACUGACUCCAAAUGGCUGUUAUUUAGUCAGUACAGGAUCACUAUGAAACAAUCAUAAGACAUUAAAAGGGGGGGGGGGGGGGGGGGGGGGGGGGGGGGGGGGGUCAUACAUGCUUAUGACAAGUCUUAAAUUACAUUAUAAAUGCAUCAUGCAUAAUACCUGUAGGCUUUAAGUAAAGUGUUACUGUGUUUUUAAUUCCCAUUAUAACCGUGUGUGUGUCUUAUCUAUUAUGUAUUGUCUAGAUGUAUGUCUGGAGCCUGGUGUCUCAGGGUAUGACCCUCUGCUGUCAUCCUCACCAGCAUCUCCUACGAGCCUACGACAGCGCACCGCCUCCUUUGGCUCCGCCUCAUCCAUAUCGACAGCCUAUCAGGACUUCACUUCCUGUCUGCUUGGUCGAGCUAUGGCUGAGGUACAAUUCAAUUAAACUUUAUAGAAUAACACAAGACAGCAAAAAUACACAUUUCCAAUUCACCUUGGACUAUGAACUUGUUAAUUGUUGUAUGUUUGCUAAAAUGUGCCCCAGGUGCGCUUGGCUGCUGCUGGUGACAUGGGGAACCUGGUGAUGGGGAAAGCUGCAGCUGGUUGGAGGUCAGUUGCAUCAUGGGUUCUCCUUUAUUACAUUCAGGUUAACGAAUAGUAAACCAUGUUAAAACUAGCUACACUCCCAGCAGACAAAACUGGUUGUAAUGAUGUGAUUUCAACCAGCUUUUUCCAAUGGGUUUAUGUUACAGAUUGUGUAUUUACAACCUUCCUGUCCUCUCUCUCUCUCUCUCUCUCUCUCUAUCAGGUACCAGGGCAUGGAGCGAGGUGUCCAGGCCUUCUACAAGCCCUCCUCCAGCCAAUCUGUGCACUCCUUCCUGGGGGCGGUGGAGCUGGAGAGGCCCCUGGCCAGCCUGUGGAGCAUGGUCCGAGACCACUCCAAGACCCACCUGUACCACGAGGCUGUCCGGUCUGCCUGGACACGACCACUAGAUGACAGCACUCAGUUGGGUUUGUCUGCUUCCUGGAGUAUAGUAUAGAGUUGGAGUUAAUUCACUACUUAAAAAUGGUGAAAGCCUUCAAUGGUGCUGCCCAUGCUAAAACACGCUUUGUGUCAAAUGCACCAUCUGUCUAUCUCUAUGAGUCAAUUCCAUUUUACUUCAGUCAAUUACUUCCAGGAAGUAAACUGAAAUUCAGAUUUCAGUUGUAAUUUUUCCUCAUGCUUUUCCAUGUGUCUCUCCUCCUCAGUCUACCUGCUGACAGACCCGUCCAGCUGCCACCUCAAACAGCCCAGAGACUUCUGCUGCAUCAGCACCCAGUCACAACAGGUCAGUAGGGUCAGAGUUCAGGGGUCAGUCACUUGCUGGACCUGCAGCUGAAUUCCAAGUUCCACUUUACCAAGUUUCAAUGUUUCAACGUACCAAGUUCAAAGUUUCAACUUACCUGCUCCUUCUAACCAAGAGUUGUUUUAAAUGUUCAACUGGAAUGAGGGGGACAGAAGACAUCCUCAUUUCAGGGGCAAUGAUAGAAUGGAUUCUUACUGUCCUAUAGCUAGGGCCAGGAGUUUUCCUAGCCUUGUCCACAGCAACAGAGACUGACUACUAACUCAGUGCCCUUCUCUCUCUCUCCUAGGAUGAGCUGUGUGUGCUGGCCAUGCAGUCAGUCUUCGAGGAGUCUCUCCCUCGGCCCAGUGUAGAGGCUGUCCGAGGAGAGAUGUUGCCUAGCGCCUGGGUCCUUCAGCCAAUCACACGCCACGUCCGAGAGGUCGUCAGGGUCAUCUACCUGCUGCAGGUGAGACGGGAACCAGGUUAAUAUGACAACGUAAAGUGGUCUGAAAAAUCACUCAGUCGAUAAAUCAAUCAAUCAAUUCAUAAAAAUGAUUGAUCAAUCCAGUUUUACAUCAACAGUUGUCACAAAGUUCUUAAGAUCACUUUAGAUGCAGAUAUGCCUAAUGAUUCCUCAUCUCACUGUGGAAUCUCUCUUAUUUUCCUCCUCGUCCUCUUUUCCAUCCCUUACUUUUUGUCCUCCUUUGUUUCAGGUGGACCUGGGCACUCCCCUUCCUCAGAGACUGUUGGGAUCAGUGGCUAGGAGACAGGCGUCCGUCCUGGCUGAGCUCGACUCCCUUUUCGCUUUGUGGGACUGACAGCUAGGUCAGGGUCAUGUUCAUUAGGCACCAAAAGGAAGAAAAAAGAC